AACUCUCAUGCAUAUUCAAAGUCAUUGAGCGAUAUCCUGAAGCUGCGUCAGGGUGUGUCGCUUCAGUGUUCGUUAAACUGGGACUAUUACGCCAACUUACUCCGUACGUUCUCUCCAUACACUGUGCUGUAAUUUAAACAUUCAAGAUGACUACCACAGUUGUCACUCACCAACCAGGCAUUAUCGCCCAAAGUCAAGUCGUUGUUCAGGUUACUGAGCGCGACUGGAGCACAAGCUUAUUCGGCUGCUUCGAAGACAUUGGCUCAUGCCUCUGUGGUUGGUUGUGUUACCCAUGUUUCGCUUGCCAGGUAGCAACUAACGCCGGCGAGCAUUGUAUUACACCUUGUUGUGUCCCAGGAGCUAUGAUUGCCCUCAGGCUGAAAGUCAGAGCUCGACUGAAUAUUCAGGGAUCUUUGUGUAACGAUUGCCUUGUUGAUACUUUUUGCGGACCUUGCUCAGCCUGUCAGAUGCAUCGGGAGAUCAACAACUCCUCCAACGGUCACUUGCAGUAAGGCAAUAGCGCCUUCACCAUGCGACUCUGACUGACCAACAUUAUCAUCCUAUUAUAAAUCCUAUACUGUAUUUAAACAUCAACGUAGUUUACUGUUCAAAAUGAAAUAAUUAUAAGAAUUGUUAAACAUAUUUUUAUCGGUACACUAUUUUAACGAAUUUUAAGACUGUAUUACUGUUUUUCGCGGAUUGAUUCAAUCUUGAUAAAGUCUACAUGCUUCCCAUGACGGAGAUGAAUCGUUUACAAUUUUUUGCGUCAAACCCAAUGCCGUAGCCAGGAUUUUCUAACAGUGCGGAAUAAUAUCAGGGUGGGCCCACUUUACGUGUAAAUUCAAAUAUUGUGGGCCCAUUUUAUGCAAAAAUGAAAAAUCUGGACCCAUUCUUCUAGUAACUUUUAACCCAUUUUAGGUUAAAUAUGAGAAAUCUGGACCAAUUUUUCAAAAGGUGGACUCAUUUUAUGCAUAAAAUUGCAUAAUUUGGACCCAUUUUUAAAAGUGUGAACCCAUUAUUUGUGGACCCAUUAGAAAAAUUGUGUGGGACUGUCCCAAACUGUCUCAAUAGUUGGCUACGGCAUUGAUCUAACCUUCUACAUCUAUUGAUUUUGUAAGAAUAUAAUUACCACUGUUUUAGCUAUUCACAUUUAUAUGACUUUCGGAUCUGAGUAGUAUAGGCUAUAUUGAUUGCACUUUCAUAUAACUUUUACACCAGCAGAAAUAUUUCAUAGCAUAGUUCCGUAUCAUAAGGUUUGUCGGUAACCUCGGAUGUUCGGCUAACACGGGUUGUCUUCAAACUUCAAAAGUCCAACUGUUGCUGCUGGUCAUACCAUAGAAUUAUUAAAAGUACUUUACCAACAUCUACAAACACUAAGUGUAAUAGCAGUGGUGACGUUACAGCCGAAAAUAGAUAAGUUUAUAUAUAACAUUUAUAUACUGCUUUCAUUAACCUUAAAGAACAUUCUGAAAAUACCCCGAUUAAUUUUGGUUUCAUUCUGCUCAAUAUAUUGUAGUAUAUUAUUCAAUACUGUAGUGUUCUGGUUUUUGGUAAUCAAGAAAAAAUAGCGACGUAGAGUAGUCGUUUCCAUUUGUAUUUUAAUAUGUUAAAAAUCAAUUAGCAUUUUGGAAAAAUAAUGAAUAUUUAACACUAUUGUUAGUUUUGUGUAUAUAACUGUAGCUCAUGAUCAUGCAUUCAUUGUUUUGUAUUUCUAUUAGAACAUGAAGCUAUAUAAUUACCGUAUAUGAUUAUAGCUUCAUGUUUAGAAGUAGGCCUAGCAUUUUGUGCACCUCUGUGUUCUGACAUGCUGGAAGACAGGUUUUUAAUAGGCAUUGCUUUCUGUGCUUUCUGAUCUUUAAUAAAGCUAUAAAAAUAAAACA